UCAAGUGUGCAUGAAAACAGAAAUUAAGGAACAAUAUAGAACUUGCGGUGUGUUCUGCUUGCUCUUUGCUCUAUAUGGGACUUUUCCAGGAAAUGCUUUGGGUAUUAUAUGAAUGAGAACUUUUUGAAAGGAAUAAUGCUAAAUGGAUAAAUCGUUGUUGAAACGGAUUUUAUAAGACUUUAUAUGAAAAACAUUGGUCCUAAAAAUAAGCUAAUCCAUUUGGAUAUAUCUGCUUUUGUAUCGCUGCUGUGGCAAAGUAAAAGGGAUUCUGAGAUUUUCUAACGUGAUUCGAUAUCUGGCAUCUUCUUUAAGGAGAGAAUGCCACAAACGCCAACUCUUGUAGCCAUGUUUGACAGCAGUGGUUUUAACCGGAAUCUGUACCAGUCAAAAGAAGAGAGUUGCUCUGGCUUGUAUUACCAAGAUAACAACUUGCUUUCUGGGUCUCUGGAAGCUCUCAUCCAACACUUAGUGCCCAGUGUAGAUUACUAUCCGGAUAGAACCUACAUCUUCACAUUUCUUCUCAGCUCUCGACUCUUUCUACAUCCUUUUGAAUUAAUGGCUAAAGUCUGUCAAGUUUGUAUGGAGCAGCAGCGGACAAUUGAGAAUGGAACUGAUAAGAGUCAGACACGGAAAAUCGCUCCCAAAAUCCUUCAGCUUCUAACUGAAUGGACAGAGACAUUUCCAUAUGACUUUAGGGAUGAGAGAAUGAUGAGAAAUUUAAAGGACACAGCUCAGCGCAUCACAAAUGGAGAUGAGAUAUACAGGAAAACAGUUCAGCAAAUCACCCAGAAUCUUAUUAGGAAGCUGGCGGCUCUUAGUCAGUAUGAAGAACUCAUUGCCCGAAUCAACGCACAAUCCACUGACCGUAUGACCGUUCUAAAGACGAAACCACAGUCCAUACAGAGAGACAUUAUCACUGUGUGUAGCGAUCCAUUUACAUUAGCUCAGCAGCUCACUCACAUAGAGUUGGAGAGGCUCAGUUAUAUUGGUCCAGAAGAGUUUGUCCAGGCGUUUGUCCAAAAAGAUCCCUUAGAUAAUGAUGAGAGUUGCUACGGAGACAGAAAGAAGACACGAAACUUAGAAGCAUAUGUGGAAUGGUUCAAUCGUCUUAGUUACUUGGUGGCCACAGAAAUCUGCAUGCCUGUGAAGAAAAAGCAUAGGGCUCGGAUGAUAGAGUUCUUCAUUGAUGUGGCUCGGGAAUGCUUUAACAUUGGAAAUUUUAACUCUUUAAUGGCAAUAAUUUCUGGUAUGAACAUGAGCGCAGUUUCCCGGUUAAAGAAAACCUGGGCAAAAGUUAAGACUGCCAAAUUUGAUAUUCUUGAGCAUCAAAUGGAUCCAUCCAGCAAUUUUUACAACUACAGAACAGCUCUGCGAGGGGCAGCUCAAAGGUCUCUAACUGCUCACAGCAACAGAGAGAAGAUUGUGAUACCCUUUUGCAGCCUCUUAAUCAAAGAUAUCUAUUUCCUGAAUGAAGGAUGUACCAGCCGCCUUCCAAAUGGUCAUGUUAAUUUUGAAAAAUUUUGGGAGCUGGCUCGGCAAGUCAGUGAAUUUAUGACAUGGAAACAAGUUGAAUGUCCAUUUGAAAAAGAUCGGAAAAUUUUGCAUUAUGUAUUAACUGUCCCAAUCUUCAGUGAGGAUGCUCUUUAUUUAGCCUCCUAUGAGAGUGAAGGUCCUGAGAAUCACAUUGAAAAGGACAGAUGGAAGACUCUAAGGUCAGCGCUUUUGGGCAGAGUCUAACAUGAGAAGUGCUGCCAUAAAAUGGCUAUAAUUUAUGGACAAGUUUUGCACUGACUGAAUUCAGAGUGAUGGAAGCAGAACAGGCAGCUGUGACUCUGCAAUGCAGCAUAGGUGAAUCAAGACAGCUUGAGAGCACACGGGAGAUGAAAUGAAUUUACAAUGACUGGCCUGUGGUAUCUAGCAGAGACAAUAAUGAAUACAUCUCUCGCAGUUCCUCCAUAUAUGCCGAGUUUUCUUUCUCGGUAACAUAUAGCUGCAUUAAUUUGCUGAAUUCUUAUCGGUUCAGUCCCAGCUGUUGCAUCUGAUCUUAUACCGGCUGUUCAUAUGAAGAGAAAAUGCUGUCACCCUGUACAGUGAACUAAAGAUGCAUGGAGUUUUUAGCUUCAGGAAGUGAAAAAUAAAAAGACUAAUGAUGUCCUCGCUGGCGAUGGUUCCUAACUUAUAGAUGCUGACUCAUUUAUUUCUAUAUGCAAGGCUCAAGUUUACUGCCGGACAGCAAACUCUAGUAUCAUUGGGACUUGUUGGAAAAUAAUAAUAUAUCAGUCAUUGUCUUGUUCGAGUGGUAUAAAGCUAAUAUCUAUAUGUGGAACACUGGCAGCAAAUGAACAUUUUUGUUUAUCACUGUUUUUUUCUUCUUUUUAUUUGUUAUAUAUUUCUCCCUCUAAACCAUUGUGCAUUCUUUCUGUGAUGUUUUAUUAUUUCCUUCUAUUAUUUAUUAUGCUAUGAUCUGUCCAGUAAUUUAUGGUACAGAACAAACUGCACUGAUGGCAUUAAUGAAGAAGUUACAUAUAUAUAGGUGUGUGUAUGUAUAUAUGUAAAUAUAGAUUAUGGUUUAUCAUUUUGUAUUAACCAAUUUUUCUAAUUAUACUUUUACUGUAUGUUUUUAUAGAGAUUACAGCACUCAUAGACUACAUGCUUUUGGGAUCAGGAAAAUAUUUAGUCUUUGAUGUUCAAAGGUUCUCCAGCUUGAAGAGAAAUUGCAGUUCAGACAUCACAGGGGCUGAACUCAUUGAAUAUUCAAAAGAAAAAGGGCAGAACUCUCCAACACUGCAAGACAUCUCUCAAUUCUACAAAUGAAGGAGAGACUAGGCCAGUGCACUAUAGCACUGCAUGAUAUAAGCGUUAUGUUACUUGCACUUUGUGCUUUGUAUUUUAUAGCACUAUAUAUUUCAGAUUGGGUCCUCUUAGUAUUAUUGCAUUUAAGCAUUAUUGCAUUUAGCAGGGAUUUUACAUAUUCUGAUUGUUUGUUUUUACAUUUCCUGUGUUACUUUAACAAAUUAGGAUCAUACUUUGUAAACUUCUGUGUAACUUUUACAAAUUACAUUACAUCUUGUAUUUGUGCAUUGCAAACUAAAGCUGUUUCAGAAAGUGGGAGGGACAGGGCAGUUCCCUUGUCUGAACAGGGGAGUUCCCAGGGUAUGUCUGAAGCUCUCUCACAAGUCUUGUGAAAUCUGUAUUUUAAACAAGCUGUUCUCGCUAAUUUGUCUUGCAAACUGUAUGCAGGGGAAGUUUGCUCAAAAUUCACAAUAAAAAAUAAAAAAAAGUAAUAUAUACUGAAAUAUAGACAAAAGCAAGUUAAACUGAAAUGGUUUUCACUACAAUUUAAUUUGUAAUUGAUGCAAAUGGAGCCUUUAUAUCAGCCCUAGGUGUUCUCCAGUUACCCUAUCUCUCCCAUGUGAAAUUUUGUAUCCCAGAGAGCUUCAUUACUUUCUAUGGAAGGCAUCUCUCAUCUCUCUGAUAUUUCCAGAUUCCUACCCUUUUCUUAGAAAAUUCAGUGAGCUCUGAAAUCAGCAUCAUAAUCUGUCUCCAAACUAGAGAAUGAUUGAAAAUCUGGUUGAUAGAAAGUAAUGACCCUCUCUUGUAAACUGAAGCUGACAGUUUUUAAUAUAAAUAAGAGAUGCAAAGCGCAAUCUUAUUUGUAGAAAAUACACAUAAAUAUACAAAUUGUAAGCCUAAUUUGUUAAAGUUACACAAACUGUAAAGGCAUAAUUAGAAUUUGUAAAAUCACAAUCCUAAUAGAAAGUGCAAAGUUUAAAUUUAAUCUGAAGUGUAAAGUGAUAUAAAAUAGAAAGCACAAAGUGUAAAUGCAGCAGAACUCUCAUGUCACGCAGUGCUAUAUUGCACUGGGCUUGUUUCCCCAUCACAUACAGAAAUGCAGGAAAUGCCCCUUGGAGAAGUAAAGCAAAAUCUUCCUUUUGAAAAUUUCACUAGGGACCUUGCAGUGCUGGAGGAUCAUUUUAGAAUAUCUCACCUGAGCUGAGUGGUUUUAGAUAUCAGGGCCUUCGGGUGAACAUCAAUCUUCAUUUUUUGACAUUACAAGAUUAUAAUAGAUAUCAGAACAGUCUUACUGUGGGGUGACAAUUUUUUAAUUUUUUUUUUUUUACAGUCUAUGCCCAAAAUAGCGAUAACCUCCCCCCCAAUGUACCAGUUUUUUAAAUGAAAAAAAACCUCUUUCUUUCAAUCCAUGAUUUAUAUCAACAAUGAAACCUCAAUUGUUAUUUAGUAUAGAUUCAUAAGAAAAAUAUUUAUUAAGCAUUAUAUUUGCAGCCAACGAAAGCAAACUGUAUGGUGGUAGUGCAAAAGGAAUGCGAGCAAACUUGUUUUCAGUGCCAGUUUGUACAACCAUACCAUAGCUUUGCCACCCCUCUGGUCUAAGAAAAUUGACCAUGAUGAAUGAAAACAAUUCUUGGAGAGCUCAUUUAAAAAUAAAAAAAUUUCUAAUACUUAAGGGAACAAAAGUGUGUUUGCAGUGUAUAGCACUCUUGAUACUAGGUAUGAAGAUGUUGAUGUGCAGUUAUAUCCAUAAAACAUUGUUUUCUAAAGUGCAGUGUUUAAUUUCUGAUAUUAAGCUUCUGUACCAUGAGCAGGGAGGCUGCUUUUACCUCAGAUGUUUGUCUACAAACUAUUUAAAGCCAUCACUGUAUUAAUUAGAAGAUGUUACCACAUUAAUGUUUAGAUGGUUUUUUUAUGCUAGUUGGUGAUAUUAAAAGGACAUUGUAGAGGAAAAGUUACAAGCUAUAGUUUGUUUGAGCAUGCCAUUUUUACACUAUUCACUCUGGAAUGUGUUUUAACCCACAAUGAGUUAAACUCCUACAUAAAGUCAUGCUGGGAACCCACAUAGAACUGCUGGUCCUAAGCAUAAGGUUAUCAUUUUUGCAAGUAAAAAAAAAAGGUGAAGCACACAAAAAUAUGUUCAAUUAUUUUUUAGGUAAUACAUGCUCACAAUAAAGGUGGGUAUUGCAAGGUACAGGUCUCCAUGAUGAGCUGACGCGUUUCGUGCAUGCACAUAUGUCCCACAUCAGAGUGUUUUUCUUUUCUUCAUGUAAUUUUUGCUCUACAAUGUCCUUUUAUACGGAUGACUCCAUCUCCAUGUUUUAAAACCACUAAUUGUAAUAUUUACAUUCCUUUUUCCAUUUUGGCCUAUUUACAUAUUGAAAGCAUUGUAAUAAAGGGUAUGAAACAAUACUUUAAAAACUAUUAAUUUUUAAAGGACCAUAAUAAAAAAAAAAAAUCAGCCAAUGAGUAGCUUUAAACAUGUUGUUGAAAAUGUUUUAUUUAAAAAAAAAAAAGUAAAAGCUGUUUAAUUUGACUUUUAAACUAGAAUCAAUUGUAUGAUUGCGUAUAAUACUCUUAUCUCAGUUUUUCACUGGCUGAGGGUGAUUCCCAUAAGUCUGGCUGAGGGCGAUUCCCAUCAAGUCCAUUGAUCGACAGGGACACACCUCUACAGAUGUUAAAAAAAAAAAAUAGUUUAACUAACAAGUGUAACACCCUUUGAAGAAAAACACUUUUUUAAGAUCUAAGAAAAAAAAAAGAUUUAAGUCAAUUUAAUUACAAAUAAUAAAACAGGCCUUUAAAUAUUAAUUUGAAAUAAUUGUAUAAACCAAUCUACACAACUAUUAAUAUCAUACAAUAAAACAGUAUUGUUUACAAAUAAAACUGUGUAAAUAUGGAUCACAUAUUUGUUUUUGUUUGUUUUUCUAAUAGAUGUAUGUAUUCUGCAGAUAAUUAUUUAUUAUUUUAAAGUAAUUUGCAUUUGUUCUAUAACAUGAUUAUUGCACAUAUAUAUAUAUAUAUAUAUUCCAAUAUUAUUUAGUUAUGGGGACAAUCCAGAAAAUCAUGUUAAAAAAAAAAGCUAUGCUGGUUUUGCUACAAGAUUUGUUAAAAAAGCUGUUGUGCAGGCACAGUGCCAAUCAUAUCACAUUUGCAUUCUAGCAACUGCUAUACUGGAGAUUCUAGAGGUGCAGGAUAUUUGUUUGCUGUGACAUGUGGAAAAAAUCCCAGAAUUUAAUAUAGAUUGAUCUACCUAUAUUAACUUUUUGGUAUUUUAAGCUCUGCUUUGGCAUUCCUGUUACAAUAGUUUUCACCAAUCUAUGAAUGUGAAUACUGUUCAUAUGCAAAUAAUUUGUGUUUGUGAAUCUGAAGAAAAAAUUGUGAAUAUUCGCAUGUCUUCCACAAAUGUUAGUCUCAGAUUUAAAAAAAAAAAAUCUUAUUAAAAAUCCUGGUCAUAAAAAAGGAAUGGUUUGGGUAUUGCAUUUCAUAAAUGUCAGACUUCUAAGAGUUGUAUGUAAUAUGUGUAUUUUAUGAAUGUGUGUAUUGAUAGCAUGUGUAUGAAAGCCAUUAUUUAGUAUAGUAACAUAACAUCAAUUUUGCUUUACUGUCACUUUUAAAUUCUGUGCAAGAGUAUGCGUAUAUAUGUGUGUGUGUGUGUUAUAAUCCUAAUAGAAUAAUCACACAAUAAAGACUUUACUUGCA